CUGGCAUUCCAUGUGAUGUCACCAGUGUUGUGGCAACGCCAACUGUCAUUGGGGCAUUUGUGCAGUGUCUCGUGUUUCACCUACAGACAUGCUGACUAGACUGAACAGGAUUCUUGGGAGACAGGAUGGCGAGCACAGGGAGACCAAAGGGAGGCAGAAGGAAGAUGGCCUUCAGUCUCCAUGUCACACAUCAAGAAAUAAAUGGUUCUGGGGAAAGCGCAGGACUACUAGGAAGGCAUCAUCCACACCCUUCUUCCUCACUGAGCAGGAGCAACAGCUGAACCAGGUGGAUAAACUGACCCUUCAGCUACAGAUGAUGACCAAUGAGAGGAAUGAACUGCUGGAACUCCUGGCCCUUUAUAACAACAAUGAGUUGAACAACAGGCUGAUAUCUGAGCUUGAGAUGCUGAAAACACAGCAUGAGAAGGAGAUGUCAGAUGUCAAGAAAUUCCCCAAGGAGAUCUGUGAGGCCUCGUACAAGUGCAAGGAGCUGAGUGAGCAGACCACCUCCUACCGCACCCUCUACAGUCAGCUCCUGAGGGAAUGGACUCAGCUAAAGGAAAAAGUGAGCAUGUUGAAAAAGAACAACAGAAAGCUGCAGAGGGAGCAUAUUUUACUACAAGAAUCCUGUGACGAGGCGAGGAUGCUCAAUGUGGAGGCCUAUGGGAAGACCUAUGACCUCUGGACAAAGCAGAAGCAGGAACAUCAAAGACUUGAGGAAAAUCUUCAGUCCCUGCUGAAGCAGAAGGAGCUGCUCACCUGGCAAAGGGACUUGGCAGUAAAGCUGCAGCAUCACUUCACUGUGUACCAGAUGAGGUUUGAAAACCUCCAGCAGGAACGGAGCAGACUACAGUCCAGGAUAAUAGCUUCCUGCACAUGGAGCUGCUGAAGCAGAAAUACUAUGUCCCAGCACCUGUUAAGAAGAAUGAGAAGGCAAGAAGCAGCCAGGACACCUUGAAGGCAUGACAUUCUACACUCCAGGUUCAAGGCCUCCUCAGAAAAUGCCACCUCUUUUCAGCUUUGAACUCACUAGUGAUGCAAAUAUCAACCUACCAUCAGGGGAUCCAGCCAUAAUCUGAUCCACAUCUGUUGGCUCACUAUCCCCAGAGAAAAGUUUGUGUCAGAAAUAAGUCUAAGAUACAGAGAACACAAAAUAAAUUACUAAAAACCCUGA